GUCCUCCCCCCGGGACAGCCUGUGAUUGAACUGAAGCGGACAUUGCAUCAGCCGCUGGGCUGGGCGGCCCGGGGUGACUGAGCCCCGCAGAGAAGGCGGGGAUUCCCCCCCUCCCUCCCAGCUGCACUGUGUGUGUGUUUUUUUCCGAGCUCCACGUCGCUCCUCCAGUCGACCAAUCGCCGGCAGCCACACGCUGGUUUUGGCAGCAGAGGACGGGCCGACACGAAAACAGGAUAAGUCGCUUCAAAGUAAAGGGAGAGGAAAAGUUGCUUCGAGCCGGAGCUGCCGGACUUGCCCCACAGCCGAGCUUCGUUUCACCAUCGGAAAGAGAGGUUGACCAGCCCGGUAAGGACUCCUGUUUAUGAUCAUCGUGCUGUUCACAGCCCCGCCGAACGAGUAUUUCCAGGAGGCUGGGCGAGCUCUUGCGUCGCUGGGAAGGUUGGUUGGAUUGAAGAGAAAGCAGCUCCCAUCAGGAAGCCAGUCAUGGGGACGGCCGAGGAGACGGUGACUUUGCUCAUUAAGGCGCCCAACCAACGGUACGAGGACCAGAAGGUCCAAGCGGAGCUGGGCUGGACCGUGAAGAGACUGAAAACUGAACUGAGCGAUAAGUACCCGAGUCACCCAGCUGAAUCCGAGCAACGGCUGAUUUAUUCAGGAAAGCUGCUGCCUGACCAUCUUUUACUGAGGGACGUGCUACGCAAGAGCGACCAAUACCACACCCUUCACCUGGUCUGUAACUUGAGAAGUGGAUCUGAAUCUACACAAGCAGCAAAUGUGAAGCAGGAAGAAGCUACGCCUAGAGCCUCUGGCCAGGAAACCCUCACUGUUCCCACAACAGCAGCUGCAGAUGGCCUCCGUCACAGAGGGCCUGCAUCCUUUCCUUGGGCAUAUGGUAUCUGGCCUGCAGGAGAAGUGCCCCAGAGACCAGUGGGAAUGUCUGGCCUAGCUGCAUACAAUCUGUACAGCUCUCAGCAAAUCGUUUGGCUCCAGCAGAUGUACGCGAGGCAGUAUUAUAUGCAAUAUCAAGCUGCGGUUGCUGCUGCUGCCGCUGCUGCCACCAACUCCCAGCAACAUCCAGUGGUCGCCCCAGGGACGCCUCCAGCACUACCCAACCAGCCCCCGCUGGUCAAUCUUGCGGCAGAUCGGAACGUCCCCCUGCCUCAACUCAACAACCCACCAGCGAACCAGAACCUCCGGAUGAACGCUCAAGGAGGCCCGGUGAUGGAUGAUGAUGACGAGCUGAACCGCGAUUGGCUGGAUUGGCUUUACUUGGCUGCCCGUGCCUGCUUUUUCCUCAGCAUUGUGUACUUCUACUCAUCCCUGAGCCGUGUGGUGUUAGUGGUGAGCGCCAUUCUGCUGAUAUACCUGCAUCGUGCUGGUUGGUUCCCAUUCAGGCAUCCAGCACCGAUACAGCCAAUACCAAAUGCCGACACACCAGCAGAAGCAGCUGAUCCGAAUCACGUAAACCAAGAACUCCAAGAGAAUCAGGACCACCAAGAUAUUGUGCAAGAAGAGAGUGGGACACCAGAUCAAGAUCUUGAAGGAGUGAGUAACUCUGGAAGCAAUGAAAUCACAGAGGCCCCUCUGGCUCCAGAGGCUGUGGUGGAUAGGACCACGUUUGCGAAUAAAGCCUGGGUGUUUUUCAAAACCUUCUUUGCUUCUUUGAUUCCUGAAGGUCCCCAGAUUGUGGCGAACUGAUUCCAAUUCUACAAAGGACUGCAAUGUAUUCUUUAUUUUUAUUUUAAAAAGUGCAAUCCAAGUUUCAGUGUUUCCGGGCUUUGUGCAAAAUGAAGUCAGACUGUUUUUGCUGUGAUUGAGUCUCUAAAUGUGAUUCCAGAUGGAGCACAGGGUAGUAUAUGAUAUGUAAAUGUACAUUUUGUAAAUUAUUAGAGGAAAGACAUGGAACUAUUAUAAAAUGUGUAAUUGAGACUCAUUAGCAUGUAAAGCUGUAAAUUGGAUCAUGGAAUGACUCCUCAGUGUGUGACAGUUUACAGCGUCUUUAUAAUUUCUCUAACAGCUGUGGCCAAUGACACACUUAUCUCUGCAAAUAUGACUUAACACUGUUAAAAGUGCUUACUCCCUCUUGUGUAAGUUUUACAAAGAGCAUUUAUUGGAAAUAGGAGCAUUGUUGAUAUUUUUGCACAGGUGUAAAUCUAGUUUUCACCUUACAUAACAAAAAGCACAAUAAAAGCAUUCUUGAUGUAAGUGCGAA